GCGUACUUCCGGUCGAGAGUCCCUCCUCUUCCGGCUGUAAACACAUCGCUUGGGUGCUGCUGUGUCUGACAGUUAUAAAUAAUUAAAAACAACUUAUUUAUAUAUAAUUUUUUUUAAUAACAUUUCUCCACAUAGUUUAUCGAUAAGAAUGAAGAAGUUUUUCGACGACAUCAAGAAGGACAUCAAAUUCAAGUCGGCAGGACCAGGAAAGAAACUCACAGAUGACGGAAGGAGCUCUAAACCUCAAGUCCCAAAGGUUGCUCACGGGACGCCCAGAAAAGCGCCCACUGAGGGUGCAGAGAGGGCAGGGGCCGCGGCCCUUGCCAGGAUUGAGCAUCAGCACCGGCCCGUGUUGAAGACGUCUCAGGAUGCCAUACGGAAUCAGGUGAAGCGAGAACUUGAAGCAGAGGCAGCUGCCAGCCUGAAGAACACCGAGGUCGAGGGCUCCGGUGUUCCACAGAAGGAUCCGUCUUGUUUCUCAGUGUCUGGAGUUUUCUUCAUCUGUCCUCUCACUGGAAAAACCUUAACAAAGACCGAGAGAGAGAUGCACAUCAAGGAGGCCAUUCUUAUGAGGUUCUCCGAGGAUGCGAUAGAGGCCUCCAUUAUGAUGAUUCACACCUUUAACAAAGACAAAGAGAAAGUAAAGGCCGCCGUCGACAUCAUUAGCAAGUACGUCGAAAACAUCUGUAAGAAUCCGACUGAGGAAAAGUACAGGAAGAUCAAACUUAGCAAUAAAGUGUUUCAGGAGAAGGUCAGUGGGAUUGAAGGAUCUCGGGAGUAUCUUCAGGCCUUGGGAUUUGAGAGCACCUCGCUGCAGGUAGACGGCGAAGACAGGACUGAGGAGUUCCUGGUGCUGCCGGCGCAGGAGGCCGAGGCUCUGGAGCAGAUGAAGGUUCAUUUGGAGCGGCUGCAGAAGGGCGAGCCGGUCCGGGCCAAGCUGGACCGUCGGACGCAGGUCUUCAGACCCUCAAAGCACGCCACACACUUCGAGCUCCCCCUAGACUUCUACAAUCUGACUGCGGAGGAACUGAAAAGAGAACAGCAGCUGAAGAGCGAAGUCGUGGAGAGAAACACGAUGCUGCGAACGAAAGCCAUGCGGGAAAAAGAUGAGCAGAGGGAGAGAAGAAAGUACAACUACACGCUUCUGAGAGUGCGCUUACCUGAUGAAAAUAUACUCCAGGGCACUUUCCUGGCGUGGGAGAGGGUGUCAGCGUUGUACCAGUUUGUGCGUGAGUCUCUGGAGAACGGCUGGCAGCCCUUUGAGCUGAUGGCACCUGGAGGACAAAAACUGAAGGAUGAUGAGGAAUUGGCUCUGAAUGAGUGCAACCUGAUCCCAGCAGCUCUGCUGACCUUCUCGUGGGACGCCGCAGUGCAGGCAGACAUCGCUGCAGCCGGAGGAAAGACUGCUGUUCUGCUUAAAGCAGCACUGUUAGAGAACAUCAAGACCCUGAGCUGAACGUUUAGUCUUGCAGUGUCUCCCUGCUGUCCCCGACCUAGUCCACCACUACCACAACCCACACGGUUUCCCAGGAUGAGCCCGAUACAUUGAGUGUGUCCAUGUGCUAGGUAGAUUUAUAUGGUGCUAAACACAGGAGGUGUUACUGUCAGAGAUGUUAUGAGGAGCGUUAGCACCUUAUGGGCCAAUUUCCAAGCAGUCUGUUCUAAUCUAAUGCAUUGUUGCUUGAGGUAACAUGACCAGUCAUCAUAUGAUGAUGGAAGAUGCUCGGUUCGAUUGGAAAUGGUCUUUAAAAUAGAUCUCUUGUCGUUUAAAGCACUUUUUUUUUAGCUCCUGCUGAGAGAGUUAUGUUAAUGUACCAUAAAAUCUCAUUGUGUCAACAGAAGUUUGAAAUUGAUCUAACAUGAGCUCUACCAAGGUCUGAUUGUCUUUUCGUUUUAUUUUCUGCUUAACAUAAAUGAAACUACGCAUGAAUGUUAUAAUCCAACUUAAAUUAGACAAAAAGCUCUGGUCUCCAACAAUCUACCUCCUAAUGCAGAUAAAUGUCCACUCGUUUCAUUUGUCAACAUGUCAGCUAAUUGACUUGUAUAAUAAAGCCUAAAGUAUAAAGUG